UACCGCAGUCCGGUAUGCUUGCUGAUCGCAUGGUACGGUUGCUGUUACUCUUUGACAAUAAGGCAGAGAAGCGGCGGUGCAUGCAAUCAUGCAGCGUGGCAGGGAUCUUCUCUAGAACCAGCGCCCUGAACUUUGAAUGGAAACCAAAGCACCCCUGUGGGUCAGUUUGGGCGGUCGUUUUGGCGUUCACAGCAACUUGACAAACUAUGGGCCAUCUUCUGUGUUGCUCCAAUACUCGACGCGUCCGCUUCUGCAGUCCAUUUCAGCCAGCUCCUCGGUGGAAACCCAUGUUUGUACCUUCUUUGACAGAGUCUGUUCUAGGAUGGCUAGCCUUGGUCAUCAGUGACAAGUAACAUCGCGCGUGAUUGCGGCUAUCAGUUAGUUUAGGCAGUUAAAGCAAGCUCAAAUCAACGGAUAAACAAUUGAGCAAUGCGCUCGUGGCAAAUCCUACAACUCACGUGUGGUGCGUUAAAAGAGGAAGAGUAGAAUCAGUAGUACUCAGUAUCUUUGUAUGGUUAACCGAGUGUGUUUCAAGAGAAUCACCAUUUUCACCAAUGGAAUCAUAAUGCAAUUCGCCAAAUACACCAAACAAACACAUACGUUGGCGCCCUCCGUUUUCAGCCGGCCACCCUCAUGCCGCCACCACGUAGGACCACCAUAAUCUGCAACCCCGCGAAAACCACCAGUCCACCACCAAGAUUUCUCUUCUUCCGCCGGCCGGCCGGCCCUGCUGCGCGCGUCUCUAGCUAGAUAUCGGCAUGGAGGUAUGCAGGACAAAGAAAGCCCAUGAAAAUCCAGUCUCAAUCAUCUCAAGCUAGCUAAGCAUCCUGCAGUACAUCUAGCUCAACUCAUUUGAUCGAUAUUUCGUCGCUGAGCUGAGGCUGAGCUGACAGCGAGCUAACAGAGGAAGCAACUCAUCAAGCAAGAACGGACACCACACUGCAAGCUCUCCCUACUCCUUGGUCUCACUCUCUUGGACCUAGCUUCGCAACGCCCUGAUCAAUGGCGGCCAGGUCGUUCAGCUCGGCGAGCACGACGACCAUCCUGCUGAGAAGCGGGAGGUGGAGGAGGACAAUGAGGGCGGCGGCGUUCCCGUUCCGCGUGUCGUGCUCCGCGGCGGCGGCGGCGGCGGCGGGCGGGACGGUGGUGAUCGGGCUGGCUGCCGACUCCGGGUGCGGGAAGACCACGUUCGUGCGUCGCCUGACGAGCGUGCUCGGCGCCGGCACCGCGGCGGCGGCGGCGCCUCCGUGGGGCGGCAACCCGGGCUCCAACACGCUCCUCGGCGACGCCGCCACGGUGAUCUGCCUCGACGACUACCACUCGCUGGACCGCGCGGGGCGGAAGGAGAGGGGCGUGACGGCGCUGGACCCGCGCGCCAACGACUUCGACCUCAUGUACCGGCAGCUGAAGGCCAUCAAGGAGGGCCGCGCCGUCGCGAAGCCCAUCUACAACCACGCCACGGGCCUCCUCGACCCGCCAGAGCUCAUCACUCCCCCCAAGAUCCUCGUCGUCGAGGGCCUGCACCCAAUGUAUGAUGAGCGUGUCAGGGGCCUGCUGGACUUCAGCAUCUACCUGGACAUCAGCAGCGACAUCAAGUUUGCAUGGAAAAUUCAGAGAGACAUGGCAGAGCGUGGGCACAGCCUGGAGAGCAUCAAGGCCAGCAUUGAAGCCCGGAAGCCCGACUUCGAUGCGUAUAUUGACCCGCAGAAGCAGUACGCCGAUGCCGUGAUCGAGGUCCUGCCGACGCGGCUGAUCGCCGCCGCGGACGACGACGGCGACGAAGGCAAGGUGCUGCGCGUGAAGCUGAUCAUGAAGGAAGGCGUCGAGCACUUCGCGCCGGCCUACCUCUUCGACGAAGGAUCGACCAUCAGCUGGAUCCCCUGCGGCAGGAAGCUCUCCUGCUCCUACCCUGGCAUCAAAUUCUCGUACUUCCCGGACACCUACUUCGGCCACGAGGUUUCGGUGCUGGAGAUGGACGGGAAGUUCGACAAGCUGGACGAGCUGAUCUACGUGGAGAGUCACCUCAGCAACCUGUCGACCAAGUACUACGGAGAGGUGACGCAGCAGAUGCUGAAGCACGCCGACUUCCCCGGGAGCAACAACGGCACGGGGCUCUUCCAGACCAUCGUCGGGCUCAAGAUCAGGGACCUCUACGAGCAGGUCGUCGCCGAGAGGGCCGCUUCGCCGCCGGCACUGGCUGCCGUUGCCUGAUAGCCGCCGCCGGGCCACCGGCAUCCGCCGGAGUUCGGGCGUAUCGGUUAAUUUGUAUUUCUUGUAAUUGUAAUAUUUGUAUGGUGUAUUCAUGUGAUUUGAUUG